GCCCUGCUCUCUCCGGGUGGGUGUGCGCCACGCGCCCCGGACCCUUUAUAAAGCCCAGGGCGCGCACUCUCUGCCACCUCUCUCCGCUGGAAAGCAUGACGGCCGACAAGGACGCACCUCUGGGCUCCAUCCAGAACCCCGUCAGGUUCCUGGACCAGGACUUCGAGACGCUCCUGGAGGAGUGCCUCCGCUCCGGGGAGCUGUUUUCUGAUCCCACCUUCGUGGCGGAGCAGAAGUCCAUCGGCAUGCCCGAAGACCCAGACCCGGAGAAGGCUGUGGAGUGGAAGCGACCCAAGGAAAUCCAUGACAACGCUGUGUUUGUGGAGGGAACGACUGGAACCACUGAUAUCUGCCAGGGCCAACUGGGGAACUGCUGGCUGCUGGCGGCUCUGUCCUGUCUCACCAUGCACCCCACGCUGUUUGUGAAGGUGGUCCCUCCCAAACAAAGCCUGGCCAGCUCCUACGCAGGAAUCUUCCACUUCAGGUUCUGGCAGUAUGGUGAGUGGGUGGAAGUGGUUGUGGAUGACAGGCUGCCAGUGCGUGAAGGCCGUCUGCUCUUCAGCUACUCUCACACCCGCCAUGAGUUCUGGAGCGCCCUGGUGGAAAAGGCCUAUGCCAAACUAAUGGGAUCCUACGGGAGCCUGAAGGGGGGCAACAUCUCGGAGGGGAUGGAGGACUUCACGGGAGGCAUCGCGUACUCGCUGGACGUCUCGUCUCGAACCCCGCGGGUCCUGUGGAGGUGUCUGACGGCCGCUCUGUCCCGAGGCAGCCUGCUGAGCUGCUUCAUCCAGGCCAAAAACUACCGGGAGGUUGGUAAGGUGUCAGGAGACGGGCUGAUAAAGGGCCACGCCUACGCCAUCACCGACACCGACAAGGUGAGAAAAUCUGGCGCGUCAGAAGAGAUUUUGCUGUAUAAGCUGAGGAACCCCUGGGGUUUCAUCGAGUACCGCGGGCCCUGGAGCGAUAAGGGCAAAGAGUGGGACGACGUCGACCAAUCAGAGAAGCAGAGGAUUGAGCUGAAACGGAAAGAAGAUGGAGAGUUUUGGAUCAGCGCCGAGGACUUCAGCAACCUGUUUCACAUCGUGGAGCUCUGCAGUCUGAAACCCGACAGCCUCGAGGACGGAAACACACCUUCUGCCCAGGCUGCCUGGACCAUCAGCGAACACGAAGGGUCCUGGAUACCAGGGAGCUCCGCCGGCGGCAGCCGGAGAUACAGAAAAACAUUUUGGCAAAACCCUCAGUUUGAGUUGACCCUCAGAGAGCAGGAUGACCCAGAGCAGGAGGAGGAGGAGGAGGAUGAGGAGGACGAGGACGGGGAGGAAGAUGAGGAGAUGACCGCUGAGGAGAAGAAGCGAGAAGAGAAACAGAAGCAGAAAGGCAAGAAGUGCACAGUGCUGGUGGAACUGCUGCAGAAAAACCGCAGGCAGAGGGACAAAAUCCACUUCCUCUACAUCGCUUUCCACGUCUACAAGGUUGAGUCUGAGUUGCAGGGUGUUUGUCUGACCCAGAGUUUCUUCCUUAAAAAUCGCCCUGUGGGUCGUUCUGGAAAAUACAAGUCUCAGAGGGGUGUGUGGAGGAAGCUGCACCUGGAUCCGGGUAACUAUAUCAUCGUGGCAUCGUCUUACCGCCCCAACCAGCCUGGAGAUUUCUUUGUCCGCAUUUUCUCCAAGACCGGAAACACUCUGGGGAACCAUGAUUUCAUCUGUUCCUCUGGUUUCCUCCCAGUCAUGUCUGCUCCUCCAUCCCAAGAGGAUCACAUGAGGGUCCAGAAAACCUUCGACAUGGAGGCUGAUCCAGACGACAGACUGAAUGCCAAAGAGAGCAUGAAGCUCUUUAACUCAGUCCUGGUCAAAGACUACCAUCUUCCACUGGACAUAUGCAGACAGCUCAUCUUUGAGGAGGAUACUAAAGGACGAUGCACUCUCACCCGCGACCAGGCAGGAGCCCUGCUGUCCAGUCUGCGCAACCUGCAGAUCAUCUUUUUUCAGUUUGACGAGGACUCAUCUGGGACCAUGAGUCCUUUUGAACUCAGUGCAGCGCUGGAAAGUGUCGGAAUGCAGUGCGACAACAAGGUACUGCAGCUGCUGACUGCACGCUUCGCAUCUGGAGAGCUCCACAUGCCCUUCCACAGCUUUGUGUCAUGUGUGACCAGGCUGCGCAAGCUUUUUGCCCUGUAUGAAUCAGAGACCAGCCGAGAGGUGAAAGACAGAGGGAUAAACGCAUGGCUGCUGCAGUUCCUGGCGGUGUGAAGACGAGUCGUAAAGAGUGUAUCCACCUGCGCCCAGCACUAUAAAUAACAGGCAUCAUAUGUGAACUUCAGUUUAAAUUGCUUUUUCUUGCUGGGCCAGACUGUUUCUCUUUCUUUGCUCAUAUGAAUGUCUUUACUAUUAAACAUGUAACUCUCAUAUUAUUUCGCAUUAUUAUGAAAUCAAUAUUGGACAGAUUUCAGUUUCAUGACGUAUUUUACUUUUCUUAUUUUAAAUUAGUACUGUAAUGAAAAUAACCUCAGAAAAACAAAAAUAUAGCUCAUAUUAGCUCAGUUCUUUAUUAGUCCCAUAUGAAAUGUUUUAUCCUUGUUGAACACUUUGUAACAUUGCCAACAAAAGGUGCGGUGUAAUCCAAUAAAUUGUAAUUUGCA